UCUCUCCCUCUCUCUUUGUCUCUCAGGUACACCCUGGAUGAGUUUGGGACAGCUCGGAGGUGUGUGGUGGUGCGGGGGUUCAUUGAUGCCCUGACCAGAGGGGGUCCAGGGGGCACGCCUCGACCCAUAGAGAUGCACUCCCACGACCCUAUGAGGUACGUAGGGGACAUGUUAGCGUGGCUGCACCAAGCCACCGCAUCAGAGAAGGAGCAUCUGGAGGCCCUGCUGAAACAGGUCACAGCACAAGCGCCAGGAGUGGAUGAGACCAUGCAAGAGGUGGUGGGACACAUCACUGAGGGAGUCUGCAGACCUCUUAAA